AUGUUGGACCAUACUGAUAAAGAAUGUGCAGUAAGGCAGUUGGAAAGAGAGGCGGCUGAUACGAUCGUAUAUCAAUAUGGUACUUGGCUAAGAGCUUCUCCACCUAAACCAUCGAUGAAGAAUUUUACUGCGAGGGAAAAAGAAAGAGUAUGGGCUGAGAAAAUUGAUGUGCUACGUAAGGGUCGAAGUGGGGAAAAUGUGAAACAAAGUAUUAGACUUGGCCCAGUUGGUGCGGCUAGGAAACUUCUUUUUACCCCAACAAAGGAUGGAGCUUCUGCAGUGAAACCGAAGGAGAGGGAAGUUAGUUUGGCGACGGUGCUUGAUCCUAGCAGUAAUAAAAUGGUGCUAAGACCUAAGUGUGUGGUUGAUGGUGGUGGUGUUCUUAAGGGAGGGGGUGUUACUAGUGGAGGGAGAAUUGAUGUUGAGAGUUUAGAGAGUAAUAUGGAGGGGCAUGAGAAGGUGGAGGGUAUUCCUUCUAAUACUACAGGGGGGUUAUAUCCAAGUAGAGGGUGUUGGGAGAAGCCAACCCCUCGAAGGGCAAUGAAAAUCUUGAGUUGGAACGUCUAUGGGAUUGGCAACCCAUGGACGGAGAGGACUCUCCGAGAUGUAUGUUGGAGAGAGAGGCCGAACAAAGUCUUUUUAAUGGAGACUAAGGUUGAUAGUAGUGUGACGGAGAGGAUUAAAAGACGGUGUGGUUUCGAAAAUGGCAUUUGUCUUAGUAGUGUAGGGAGAUCUGGCGGUAUGUGUUUCUGGUGGCGUGAGUUAAAUGUGGAAAUGUUGUCAUACUCCAUCCAUCAUUUUAGUGCAAAUAUACGUGAUGGGGAUGGGACUCCUUUGUGGAGGGCUAUGGGUAUUUAUGGUUGGCCGGAAACCGAGAACAAGUAUAAAACGUGGGAUUUGAUGCGAAACUUAAAACAGUCGUGUGAUAUUCCGUAUCUCAUGUUUGGUGACUUUAAUGAAAUUGUCAGUAUGGCCGAGAAAGAUGGUGGAGCGGUAAGGAGGGAAUGUUUGAUGGAUGCGUUUCGGGAUGCCAUUGACUCGUGUGCUCUUCGUGACUUAGGCUAUAAGGGUUGUAUAUUUACUUGGCAGAGGGGUACCAAUGUGGAUACGGUCAUUCGCGAGCGACUUGACCGCUUUCUUGGGAGUGACGAGUGGUGUUCUAUUUUUCCCAAUUUUGUAGUACAACAUCUUGUUCGAGAUGAAUGUGGGGAGGUGGUCUCCAAGGCAUGGAAGGAUAGUGAAGGAAGAGAACCGCAUCACCGGAUUGCUUAUUGUGCGGAUCGUUUGUCUAAGUGGGCAGCAUUAUCAUUUGGAGAGGUGAAGAAAAAGAUAAAAGAUUGUGAGGCUGACCUUCAAGAUGCGCAGGGAGCUCAGGUAGAUGCUGCAAUGCUUGCGAGAUGUGAACAACUUGCGGAUGAAAUAAAUGAACUACGAAGGUUGGAGGAGUCUUAUUGGUAUGCUAGAGCCCGUGCAAACGAGAUGAGAGACGGAGACAAAAAUACUGCAUAUUUUCACAGGAAAGCAAGUCAACGGAAGAAAAAAAACCGAAUUGGAGGGCUUUUUGAUUCGGAUGGGGUUUGGUGUGCGAAUGAGGUGCAGAUUAAGAAUAUUGUGCCAAAAUAUUUUGAGUCUCUAUUUUCGACUGACAAUCCUUCUCAAUUUGAGGCUGCUCUUGAGGGUGUACAGCAUUGUGUUACGCAGGUGAUGAAUAAUGCUAUGGAUGAGGAGCCAGACGCUGAUGAGAUCAAGGAUGCUUUAUUUCAAAUGCACCCGAAUAAAGCACCAGGUACGGAUGGAAUGCACGCAUUAUUUUUUCAGAAAUUUUGGCACAUUAUUGGCUCUGAUAUUGUUGCUCUGGUUAAAAAUUGGUGGAAUGGUUUGAUUGAUAUUUCGGAGAUUAAUAGGACUUGUAUUGUGUUGAUUCCUAAAUGUGAUGAUCUGAAAUACAUGACUGAAUUUAGGCCUAUAAGUUGUUGUAAUGUAAUUUAUAAAAUUAUUUCGAAGACUUUGGCAAAUAAGAUCAAACCUUUUCUGAAUGACAUAAUUUCGAUAAAUCAGAGUGCUUUUAUUCCGGGCCGUUUAAUCACUGAUAAUGCCAUGGCUGCUUUUGAAAUAUUCCAUUCGAUGAAAAGAGGGGGUGGUGGGAGACAGGGUAAUGUUGCACUCAAGUUGGAUAUGAGUAAGGCAUAUGACAGGGUGGAAUGGUGUUUUUUGAAGAUGGUUAUGUGUAAAUUGGGGUUUUCUGAUGGGUGGGUUCACCGGGUGAUGGAUUGUAUUUCCAGCGUCUCAUUUUCUUUUAAAGUGAAUAAUGAGAUAUGUGGAUCGGUUGUUCCGACUCGUGGUUUACGGCAAGGAGAUCCUAUUUCCCCCUAUUUGUUCCUCUUGUGUGCAGAUGCUUUCUCGGGUCUUAUUACAAAAGCUGCAAGUGAAAAGAAGAUUAGUGGGGCGAGGGUGUGCUAUGCGGCUCCUAGGGUGUCUCAUUUGUUUUUUGCCGAUGAUAGUAUUUUGUUUGCUAAAGCUACUCUGCAGGAAUGUUCGAAAAUAGCUGAUAUUAUCAGUAUAUAUGAAAGAGCAUCUGGUCAGAAAGUCAAUCUAGAUAAGACGGAGGUUGCUUUUAGCAAAUGUGUAACAAUUGAAAGGAGACAGGCGAUUGUGGAGGCUCUAGGAAUUCGAGAGGUUGAAAGACAUGAGAAGUAUUUGGGAUUGCCGACGAUAAUUGGGAAAUCUAAGAAAGUCAUUUUUCGAUCUUAA